UCCUUCCAGAGAUUACAACUUGUGCUGAACCAAGAUGCGCGGACUCGCCCAAGCCAUCGCCGCUCUCCUUUGCCUCCUCCUCGUCAAGUCCUUGGCCGCACAGCCCGCCGACAAGGAGAGGCUCAUGAACGAGCUUGACGAUGGAAAAUGGUAUAGCAGCCAGGCAUUAUAUUAUGCCACGGAUGAAAUCAGACAACUCCAAAGACCGAAGAGAAGGUGGAAAGACUCGGUGGUUGAGGAUUUGAGGAUGGUCACUCAGUCCAGCCGACUUGAGCAGUUGAGAGGGCCAAGGGCAGCUUCAGAACCUAGUCACGCCGAUAAAUAA